UUCUGUAUUCAUCAAGUGAAUAUCAAUUACAUAAAUUGGAUAGGAGGUUUGUCUAUUAUGGUUAUAGUAAACGAUAAAACUUUCGUACGAUAUGAUAUAACUACAUUUUCUGAAUGAAUCGUUAAUAUACGACGAUUUCCAAUUUCUUUUUCAAGAACAAAUGAAAAUAAUCGAGAUGCGUAUGAUUUUUAUACUCGUCACUUCGAUUAUCAUAGAAUCAAAGUGUGUCACGCCUGAGCAAAGGCUUCACUUCGUAUAUCGUCGAUCUUUGGUUAAUGUCGUUGGAUGGUCAUUGAUGUUAUCCAAAUGUUUGUCAUUUAAUUUGAAAAGAGAUACUAUAUUAUUGUUAUUGGUCAAAAUGGAAAGAGGAAAGAUGGUUGAUCAUUGGUUAGCCAGACGAGAAAUGGCAACAAAAUUUCUCACAGUUGGUUAUUUUAUAUUAACUAUCACUUAUAUAAUAUCACCGUUGUGUCUGUCAGGAAGGAAUUUACCUUUUCAAGGAAAUUUUCCAUCGAUUUUCUUUCAAGAUCCUUGGUAUCAGCUGAUAUAUGUCAGUGAGAUUAUAUUGACCUUAUUAGCGGUCACGAAUACAUUGGCAUGCGACGUUGUAUUAAUACUCUUCGUCUGUCAGCUAUGCAACGACUUGCAUAGAACAGCCAUCUUGUUGCAACAAUAUGGAGACGAUGAAUGCAGCCUGAGGGAUGUCAUUAACCAGCACAUCUUGUCUCUAAAUUAUGGAGAGACAGUAUGCCGAGCCUUGUCAGUUAUGGUAUUCAGUCAGAAUUGCAUCUGCUCGAUGACGAUCUGUUUGGCCUUCUAUAUACUCUUUACCGUAGAGAACAGAUUGAGCUUGUUGAAAAUGACUGUCGUAUUGUUGUCAAUGAUCCCAUUGCUAUUCGUCAAUUGUUAUGGCGGAGAAAUGAUUUAUAGUGCAAGCUUAAGCGUUAACAGGGCGAUCGAUGCCAAUUGUUGGAAAUCUGGUAAUAUUAGAGUAACCAAAGAUGGUGCUUUCGUUGUACAAAGGGCUCAAAAACCAAUUCAAAUGGCUGUUGGUACAUUUGCCGUUAUCAAUCUCAAAUUCUUUUGCGAUUCCAUUUAUAAUGCAAUUACUUAUGCUAUGAUAUUGAAAAAUAUAAGUUAAUGUCGCUAGAUAAAUUUUCUUUUUUCUGCUUUAUCUGUAACAAGAC